AUGCUCGAGCGACCUACACCAAUCUGCGAUGAGGAGAAAUCGCUUCCGGCCCUCCCAGCCUGCUCUAGUGGUGAUCUAACCUUUACAGCCGUUGGAAGUCUCAGCAGUCGCCAAGUGCUGUUCAGCAACGCUGCACUCCAUGUCCAAAUCCCUCAGCUCAACGCGAAAACCCUGGAAGCUGAUCUCGCCAGACCGUUCACCAAUCGCUUUGCACCCCGCUCUUCUCCACCCUCAGUUACACCUGGAGAAAGCCAGUCGAAGCCGUACAACGGCUCAGGCACUCAGGAUGACCCGUUCAUCGUCGAUUGGUUGCCAGACGAAUCUGCCAACCCGUACAACUGGAACAGACGAUUCAAAUGGGGGCUCACUCUUCACCUAGCGCUCAACUGUCUCGCACCAGUCUAUACCAGCAGUGCUUAUGUAGCGGGCGUGGAGGAUCUAGUAGUGGCAUUCCCGGGAACAAGCGUCGAAUCGGGCAUAUCCGGUCUAAGCUUGUAUCUACUAGGUGAGCCAUUUGGUCCGCUAUUAUGGGCUCCUGUCUCCGAAGUCCACUUCAUAGGGAGAAGAAAGACCUAUCUCUUGACUUUUCCCUUCUUUGUUUUGUUCAAUCUUGGCGGCGCUUUGUCUCACAACAUGCCCAGUAUCCUCAUCACACGAUUCUUCGCUGGUGUCUUUGGUUCUUGCCAAUUGUCAAACCUAGCAGGACAGGUGGGCGACAUAUGGAUCCCCCAAGAACGAGUAUUACCCGCUGGACUUGCAGCCCUUAGUCCUCUUCUUGGUCCUGUGUUAGGACCUUGUGUGGGAGGAUUUGUCGCUCAGUAUUCCGGUUGGCGAGCCAUCUUCUGGAUGCAAUUCGGAUUCGGUCUUUCCAUGCUUAUGUUGUGGAUCUUCCUUGUCCCCGAAACGUACGGUCCUACUCUGAUCUACCGAAAGACACGCCUGCUGCAAUUCGAAUCGGAUCAUCUCGGGAACCGAUUCAUCUUUAGGAGCAAAUUCGACGCGAAGGGCAAGACCAUCUUCCGGGCUCUCAAAGAGGGCUUGACAAGGCCUUUCAUACUGCUGUUCUCUGAGGUCAUCGUGUUCACCUUGAGCCUAUACACCUUUUCUCGCAGCCUAUACCUAUUGUUCACGGCUUUCCCGAUCGUCUUCCAGCAGUUGCGUCACUGGUCCCUGGGCCUCAAUGGCUGCGCACUUCUCGGGAUCGGAGUCGGUAUGGUGAUUGGCUAUAUCCUCAACGGAGUCGGCAAGGCCAUCUACAUCAAAGCCAUGGCAAAGCUCCCCAAGGGUCAGCUACCCCCGGCUGAAAUCAGGCUGCCGACCAUGAUUCUCGGUGGUCUCUUGGUCCCGAUUGGUCUGUUCAUCUUCGCUUGGACCGCUACGCCAAAUGUCCAUUGGGCAGUCCCCGUGGUCUUCUCUUCAUUCUUCGGCAUGGGUUACCUCUUGAUUUUCACCAGCAUUCUGCUUUACCUAAUCGACAGCUACGCUCUGCAUGCCGCUAGUGCCGUGGCUGCCAACUCGGUCAUGCGAUGCUUAUUUGGAGCAGCUUUCCCGUUGUUUGCCACGCGGAUGUUUGACAGAUUGGGAGUACACUGGGCAGGCUCGCUCCUGGCCUUGCUGUCACUCGCUUGCAUUCCGCUACCAUUCUUAUUCUACCGAUAUGGGCCAUACCUUCGUCGGAAGUCCAAGUACACGCCGUCCGCACCCCUCUCUCCACUUCCGCCGAAGGAGACUGCCAAUGAGGCAGGGGCAGAUAAGCCAGACAUCGUCGGUAAAACUACAGAACUGCAGAACACCCUAUCAAGGCUCGAGGGGAAGGACGGACGGAAGAGGGCCAGGUCUUUUGAUGUUUCACGACUGCUACGAACCCAAAGAACGAGCUCUGUCGAUCCCAUAUUGCGUGAUUCAUCCGCCACACUCCUGGACUUGCGAGAAUCUGUCAUCUCAGAUGUGGCACCUGUCAUCACAGACGAUUUGUGGAGCCGACCAGACUUGAAUCUAUCUGUUCCGUACCUUGAUGGAAGACCGCUGGCAUCAGGUGAUGUCACUCCAUCGCAAGGGGACCGCAACACGCGCAUACCGAGAUUGGCAUGA